AUGGGCGACGCGACGGAGGAUAUGGAUAACACAGUUGAUUUGGUGGAUGGCGGAGCCAUGGCUGAGUACGGAGGAGAGUGCAUGUUUGGUGGACGGGGACGGCGAUGGCGGUUUGGUGGUCGUCCGACGGCUAGCCCUAAUAAGAUUUCCAUCCCAGUACACACCACCAGCCUGAAGAAGAUCAUGAACCCAGAAAAGAUUGCCAUCAAUCCCCACCUUAAGCUCAGGACUGGCUCUGUUCAGGCCAGGCACCCAAUUUGGAUCAUUAAGCCUGGUGCUCUUGCCAUUUCUGAUAAUGGAGAAGAAGCUGCAGGUUGGCGGUGGCAGCUUCGUCGAGAGCAGCGGCCAUUGGUGGUGCGUUUGGGCUCUCGGAGGUGGCGGCUCGCCGGCGGCUGCUGUUCGCCGGCGGCAGUGACGGGAAUUGGAUUGACGGGAUGA